UAGUGCACGACUCGACGGCUAGAGUAUAUAAUGUGUGUGUGUGUGUGUGUGUGUGUGAGUGCGCGCGUGCGCACGUAUAUAUGAUAUGUAUGUGCGAGGGAUAUGCAAAAAGAAACAUGCGAUGCAAACUGCUCUCGAUGACGGUCCCCUGGUUCCUCGUCUUGGCUACAUUGCUGGCAACGUUCAAAGUGUAUACAUCGCGAAGCUAUAGCCGGGCGUGCGUAUGAUCAGGACCUAAGUGGCACACGGCCGCGCGUCGUGGACGGGCUUUUACACGCGUCUCUCUCUCCCUACGCUUCUGCGCUCUACGGAGUGCGCGUCGUCGCUGCCCUCGGCGUGUCUCGAGUAUGCGGUGGCUCGCUUAAAAAAAAAAAAAAAGAAACGAAAAAGGAAAGUGCAUCUUCUCGACGAACCGCCUUUUCUCUCUCUCUCUCUCUCUCUCUCUCUUUCUCUCCCCCUCACACACAACCGACGACGCUUCGAAUUCGCGCGAGUUUCUCGCCGCGAAACGAAACGUCACGACGCUCAUGCCACAGAGAGCGCUCGUUCGCCCUUCACGAAGAAGACCCGGAGAGUCCCGUAGUCGGAAUCCGGUGCCCUCACCGGCGGAAUAUAGACGCGACGACGAUCGUCGACGCGGUGAACGGCGCCGGAAGGCUACACCUUUUGUACUUUCGUGUGCAAUCGGUGCGGCUUGACAUCGCGCGCGCGGCGAGGAGGAGGGCGCAAGGUGUAGGAGAGUGCAAGAGAGUGCACACGACGCGAGCGGUCUGACGAUAUCCUCGAGAGAGGGCCUCGACCUCCGCGACCGACUCCAGUUCGAGAGCGGGUGUUGUACCGUGGUGUUCCGGUGAUACCGUCCGUGAGAACGCGAGCUCGCGUGCGAGUGGAGAACGUCGUCGUCGUCGUCGUCGUCGACAGUGAGACGACGAGUGAGACUUCGCGAAACACGCGUCUGUGAGUACCGCGUUGACGCGAAAGAGACCCGAUCUUGACUGUCCCUCGACCGGCCGAAUCCUUCGACACGAUCGACCGCGCGGCGAAUCGUGGUGGACCCAUGGAAGGUACUUUGGAAGACUCUCCUACUAAGGACUCUUCUCGGAGUAGUCCUGACAAGCAUAUGAAAGAUGUAAUUAUACCAAACGGGGUCAAUGGGAGCUAUAGUGCUGACAACGAAGAAUACAUGGAUACUAGUGAUAAUACAAACAAGACUGUGUCAAAAGAGAUGGUUACAGAAGAGGAAGAAGAAGGUGAUGAAGAAGAAGGUGAUGAAGAAGAAGGUGAUGAAGAAGAAGAAGAUGAUGAUGAUGAUGAUGAUGAUGGAGAUGAAGAGGAUGACGAGGAUGAUGAUCGUGAAAGCGAAGAAGGAAAGAAAAAAGGUAGUGAGACAAAAGAUGCAAUAGAUAAUAGUAGUAAAGAGGGUGAAACGGUUGAGCCCAAAAAUGACUUUAAUGUAAUGAAAUCAUCCGAGGGUGUCAGUGAGACGAACAAUUCUAGUGAAGUGUCUAAAACUGAAGCUGAGUGUAAAACCACUACAUCUUGUGAUGAGGCUAUAGAGGUGGACGAACAGAGUAACAAUUCUGACGUAGAGUGUCUUGACGAGAGCAUUACGGAAAUACAAUUGGAUAAUGAUGAUGUGUUCAUUUCGAAGAAAUCUGCUGAGAAGCAAGACAACAAUGAUAUGUCAAGUAAUAGCGAUGUGCAACAGUUAAACGACAGUAGCGAAAUGGCUGACAGUAGCUUCGAGACAUCGGAUGUCAAGCUCUGUGAGGAAAAUGGUAGCUGCGAUAGUCCCGAUAUUGAAGAGAUAACCGACAAUGCAAAGAAUAAUGGACAUAAUGUAUCAGUAGAACGUACCGUUAAAGAUCCUACGAAACAACGGAAACCACGAAAACAAAUAGAUCUUAGUAAUAUUACGCCAAGAAGAAGUUCACGUAACAUUAAACGAACGAGCUAUAUAGAGAAAGAAAUUGAGGAGGAAGUAGAAGACGAUGGAUCGGACAUAGAGGAAAUCAAGCCGGAAGAUCCGUUAGCCGGUAUCGAUAGUAAGGACAAGGAGAAUUCAAAACUGAAGUCACCGGUCAAGAAUAGCAAAACAACCAUCGUCGUGAACGAUACCAAGCGUUUGGUGGAAAUAGCCGCCGGUAGCAAAUCCGUCAAAGGCGGAAAGAAGGAGCCCACAUUAGUUAUAAUAGACACCAACUCCAUUCUUUCGGGACGCGGUGGAGUGCCUGUAAGUAACAGCAAACCUCACCACUCUGUCUCCAAUUCCAGUCCCUUCUCGGUAAUGCCGAUGGGUAUGGGGCAAACGCAAACGAUGUACCCCAAUAUGAGGACAACUAUUACGCCGGUUCCCAUGACUUCGAAAACGGCACAGUUGAGCCCCAAAACCAGUAGCAGUAUGACCACGGUUACGCCGGCGGCACCUCCGAUUUUGCCGACGCUGACUGACGAUAUGUUCGUGGUCGAGGCGCCAUCCUUCAUAGUACCUUACGUAUAUGAGAAACCGCCUCUGAAGCCGCUGAAAGAAUUUGUCACUAAAUUGGAAAAAAGCAUCGAAGAAAGAGAAAGAGAAGAAAAACAGAAAAGAAACACUGACGGAAACAAAGAUAGCGAAGAGCACAGGGAAGAUUUUUCAGACACCUCUAAGAAAGGAAGCGAAAAGUCUGACGAGAGCGAAAAUGAGGGAAAAAGCAAGAAGGACAUUGACGACCGAGCAGUUGACAAUUCAAUAGACUUGACCGAGCACGGAUUCAGUAGUUUAGGCGAUAAGAACGAUCAUUUACGGCAAGAUGACAGAAACAAAAUACCGACAUACUUUGACUUGCCGCUAGGCAAAUUCUUCAUACAAAUCGGAACGAGCCUAGUUCAGGAGUAUGUGCAAACCGAUCUCUUACGAACUCAAAAGCGCAAACAAGGCAAGAGCAGCACGUCGGCCGAGACUCAAUUAGCUAUAAACUCGCUUAUCAAGAAUCUAGAAUUUAGCAAAGAGAACAAUGAACCAUUCCAUUUAGAGAUGAAGAAAUGCGAAUUCUGUAGUUUUAAAACGGAAUCGACCUUAGUCAUGCAACAUCAUCUAGAGACACCGCAUAUGCGUAAUUACGUUUACAAGUGCAACUUCUGCCCGAUCGAGGUGCGCAGUCCUCACGAUAUCCUCUUUCACAUGGAGGCGGAGCAUAAUACUCGCGGUAGAUUGGAACGCGGUCCAGCCUUCCAUCAAUGCCCGAACUGUCCGUUCGAGGACAAUCAGAAGGGCAAAUUGACGCGGCACAUUCUCGCCUGCACCAAAAAGUUCCGGCCAGAACGAAAUCUAGAGCCAGCUGCGGAUUGGGAGCCACCGGCGAAGAUACCUAGACUGAAUCGUGCGCGACCCGUCGGCCCGACUAAUCCGAAUGCGCUCGCAGCAAUGGCAAUGAGCGGUAAAGGUCCACAACCAUUGUUACCGAAGUUGCUUCCCGCGCCGAUCACCGGUCGUGGUAGGGGACGGCCGCCCAUGCAACCGAGAUACUCCGAUCUGAAAACACUACGGCCAGGUGCCACUGCAAUACGGCAAGAUAAUGUUGCAGGAAUGAUGUAUCGUCCCACAUCUUCUGGCUUAUUGGUACCCACGUCAUACCAGUUUGGUAGUAACCAAAUAUUCCAGAACACAUCAACCAGCCCCAAGAACCCCACAGCGAAGUUAUUAAGUCAGCCGAGUAUAUCUAUUACUCCAUUACCACGUACGACAUCUCAAACCUCCAUUCCAGGAUCAGGCACUUCUUCAAAAUCUGGAGGAAAGAGUUCGUUUGUUAUAUGUGAAAUUUGUGACGGAUACAUUAAGGAUCUAGAACAACUACGAAAUCACAUGCAAUGGAUCCAUAAAGUAAAAAUACAUCCAAAGAUGAUUUACAACAGACCUCCGUUAAACUGCCAGAAAUGCCAAUUUCGAUUUUUCACAGAUCAGGGUUUGGAAAGACACUUAUUGGGAUCUCAUGGGCUUGUUACGUCCAGCAUGCAAGAUGCAGCAAAUAAAGGAAAAGAUGCAGGUCGUUGUCCAUCCUGUGGCAGAGUAUAUCAAUGGAAAUUAUUAAAUCACGUUGCCCGAGAUCACGGAAUGACAUUAAAGCCAGCACACCUGUCGUAUAAAUGUACAGUUUGCACUGCCACAUUCGGUAUGUACAAGCAGUUUGAGAAUCACGUGUAUUCGGCACAUAGUGUCGUGGCGAAGAGAGUGAUGGACAAGAAAAAUGCGCCGGCAUCACCGUCGUCCAGAUCCAACGAUUCCCUUCUGAAGCCGUUGAAGAUCAACGACGAGAUCACGAUUAUCCCGCAGCCAGCGAAACCCACAACCAGAUCCGGCGCGACUCAAGGCAGAGGAAAAUAGCAAUGAUGAGCUUGAGUGAUACUUGUGUCUCGUCUGAUCGAAUUUCGCAUAACUCUGUGGUAUUCUCCAUGCCGAUCGUCGUAAACGUAUGGCGAUCAACGUGCCGUGUACAUGUGUAUGUAUACUAUUGCUUAAGA